AAGACGUUUUUAUUCCUUGUCACGGAUAUCACAUGGCGCUGUAGCAAAAUCGCCAUUGGAGAUAGUUUUAGAAGUACGAACUCGAAAAGUGAUCACCUUGUUAAUUUUGGUGAAUUGUGUUAAGUGAGAUGACGAGAGGAAAGCUUAAAUCCUCGGACUCGCCGAUCUCGGGACGCUCUGAGGUCAAAGCAUUGCUGCCACCAACGCUGCCUCCGCCGCCGCCAUUGCAAACUUCGGGCAACAUCCACGCGAAUUGGAUGAAAUUCAAGCAAGCCUUCGAAUACUGGAUGAAGGGCGCCGGCCAUGAAAGAUGCGAAAACGAUGUAAAAGUAGCAAUUUUACUAUCGGUCAUCGGUUCCGAAGGGAUGGAUGUAUUCAACAUUUUACCGCUCCACCCGGACAAUAAGGACGAUUUCGAUGAGGUUAUGGGAGCUUUCGAUGACUAUUGCGGACAGAAGAAAAACGUGCUCUUCGAACGAUUUAUGUUCACCCAUCGUCGGCAACUUGAGGGCGAGAAAUUCGACGAUUUUCUACGGGAAAUCACAACGCUUGUGAAGACUUGCGAGUACGGGAACCUGCGAGACAGUUUAUUGAGGGACCAAAUUGUCUUUGGAUUGCACGAUCGAUCGUUUGCGGACAUGCUGAUGGUGAAGGACGCCAAGGAAUUGACUUUGGGGAAGACCAUUGAAGCCUGCAAAAUCGAGGAACAACGGAGCGAUCAAGCGAAAAUCAUGAGCCACGGGGAACCAGGAACUUCGGGACGUGUGGAUCUGGUCUGCAGAAAGGGGGGUUCCACGGGGAAAAGGAUGAGUAAAGAUAGAAAUGAAUUUCAAAACCGGCGGAGAGUUAACAGCUCACAAAAGUGUACUAACCAGAAUACUAAUACUAAUAGUAAUAAGAAAUUCGCCAAGCCCAAUGCUAAAGUCAGUCUUUCUAAUUGCAGCUAUUGUGGUUAUGACCAUAUAAAAGGCAAAUGUCCAGCAUACGGGAAAACCUGUUCGGCAUGCGGCCGGCAGAAUCAUUUUAGUUCUGUCUGUAGAAACCGUUCUCAGACCAAACAGGCUGGAGAGUUAUCACUUUGCUAUAUGGAUGUGCUAGAAUCCAACAUUGGAUCUCCCUGGCGUGAGGUUAUCAAGAUCGGCAAUAUGGAUGUGUCCUUCAAGCUUGACAUAGGCGCGGACGUCAAUGUGCUUCCGGCACGGGUUCUUUCGAAGAUUGGAGUGACUGAACUCGAAGAUGUUUCUAUUGUUCUGUAAGGAUUCGGGACGUCGUCGAAAAUUCAGCCACUUGGUAAGAAAACACUGCAUGUGUUGUCCCGUGGCGUUAUGCAUGAUUUUGAAUUUGUAAUUGUCGAUCUAGAGGUAAAUCCAAUACUGGACCUGAAGAGUGUUGAAUUGGGAUUAAUAAAACGUGUUUUCGGUAUUCAGUCGCAUAACACUGCAGAAAAAUUCGUAGAAAAGAAUUCAGAUGUUUUUACAGGUAUCAGUUGUUUCAAACAGCAGUAUCGGUUGAAAAUAGAUCCUCGAGCUAUCCCUUCUGCUAAACCCCCUCGUCGAGUUGCGUUCGCUUUAUUGGACAAGUUGAAACUGGAACUUGAAAGUUUAUGUGAGAACAACAUUAUUUUACCUGUUGAUGAACCCACGGAAUGGAUUUCUAAUUUGACUAUUGUAGAAAAGCCCGAUAAGUCUUUAAGACUUUGUUUGGAUCCCCGUGAUUUGAACAAGGUUCUUCUGAAAGAACCUUAUUUGAUUCCAACCAUCGAUGACUUGAGGAUCAAAUUAGCUAACAAACAAAU